CAUGUCUCAAGUUCUCACCAACAGCAUUUUACAAUUAGUUUAGUCAUCAAAGUCUGUUAAAUUCUGUCAAAUUUUGAAAAUUUAAAUUUAAAAAAAUAACUUAAUUGAGCGAGAAGAGCAUCAUUAUCAUUAUUUACAUAAGCACCAAAGGAAAUAAUUGAGAUUUUCUCAACUAGUGAAUCCAGCAGCAGUCUCAAUUUCUCCUACGAGCGAAAUGGGGAUGGUUUCUACUCACUCCAAAAGGUUUCCAUUGCUGGCACAUUUGCAUUCGCAGCUGAUCCUCGUCGACACGCAGUUUCCUCAUGGCGAGUUGCCAAACGUCAGUAAAAUAAAGUUUCGAUUCGAUUUUCACAACUUUUCGUCAUUCAUGACGACUACAAAGUCCUUGGGGUAAAUUUCCGUGUGCUUCAUCUCUGCAAUGCCGGCGGACAAUAUUUUCACGUCCUGCCGGAAAGGUGACCUGACCCGAAUCAAGUAUCUAGUUGAAAAGAAAGAGGUAGACUUAAAUGUCAGGGAUUGUUGGGAUUCUACACCGCUGUAUUAUGCUUGCCAUUGUGGUCACCGCGAAGUUGUUGAAUAUUUGCUAGCCCAUGGCGCCCGAUGUGAGGCUAACACUUUUGAUGGGGAACGAUGUCUAUAUGGCGCUUUGACUAAUGAAAUUAAAAGGCUUCUCAUCGAUUCGAAGCUGGUCAACGCGGGCAACAACAAGAGGGACGACUUUGACGAAUUUUGCGAGAAAAUGUUGAAGGCCGAAGAGUUCAGUGAUAUCAGUUUGUUCCUGGGUGACCAAGAGUUCAAACUGCAUCGCUGUAUCCUAGCGUCAAGAAGUGAAUACUUCCAAAGCACGUUGCAAGGAAAAUGGAAGAACAAGGAGAUUAGAACCAAUGCCAUUGACCCAAAGGUGUUCAGCGAAUUUAUCAAUUUUACCUACACGGGACGCAUGCAAGUGGACCGGGAAAACUUUAGGGAAAUUUGUAAGCUAGCAGAGAAGUGCAAAGUCGCCAGUUUGACGGAAUUAUUGGAAAUUGCGCAUGCAGAAGCAGAAUUUUUUGAAAUGUCCAAGAAACGUGUAAAAAUAUCAACGCUGGUUGUUGAUAGUCUGGAAACUCGUUCGGACCUAUCUUUCGAUUUUGAAAUUACAUUUAGUCAAGGAAUUCCAGCGCAAUUUGCGAGUCCAUUCUAUUAUUUACGGUCAUGUGCAGGCGUGAUGAACGACGAGAACGAAACCGUUGACGCCAUUCACGAUAUUUGCUUAAAAGUUGAGGACCAUCUUUUCUAUUGCCAUAAGGUAUUUAUCUGCUGUCGAAGUGAGUAUUUCAACGCUUUAGUGCGAGACCAUUUUUCUGAAAUUGUUCAAAAUCGAGUUCCCAUUGUAUCUCUACGUAAUGUUAAACCAACGGUGCUAGCCAAUGUUCUCCAUUACAUAUACACCAAUAACCAUGUUUCACCAAACGAAGAUGAGAUUUUGGAUGUUUUGGAGGCUUCUGAAAUGUACCUGCUUCCAGGUCUCAAAAAGUCUUGUGGGACCUUCCUAUGUAAUCUUAUGUCACUUGAGAAUGUCCUUGAGUUACUAAAAAUUUCGCGUUUUCACGCUUUACCAAAGUUGGAAGACUCAUGUGCAGAAUUUAUUGCAGAAAAUAUUAGUUUGAUUGUAACGGACGAAGAAUUUCAUACUCUAGUCCUUGCUGAUGCACAUGAAGUUUCAGAUCGGCAGGAAACAGAUACUAUUGCUAUUAUUGACGAUGUUCGAUACCACAUCACAAGCCGGGUGGGAACAUUUUCUGAGCUGGAAGAUGCCCAAACAAAACUGAAAAUAAUUGACGAAUUGUUGGAGAGACUUGGACUAGAGGCUUAAAAAUUUGACACCACCGCCAGAAAAUACAAGUACGGACUUCUUUCACCUGUAGGAAAUACAAAAUUCUCAGUACUCAUGACAUAUCUGUCAAUCAUACAUACACAAAAUUCCUCUUUGGAGCUUUAAUUAUAAUAUAUCGACAAUAAUAUCAAAAUACUAUAAUCAUACGAGUACAAUAAUGUAAUCACACAAUAAAUAACUGUGUGUGUGUGACUCCACACACGUAAGCGACA